AUCCUCUUUGCCUGUCCCGCCACCCUUUUAGACGAGCUCCACGCCUAGCACUCGCAAUCAGCCGGUUCGCUCAUCGCCCGCGGAUCCUCUUUGGACACUGGCUUAAGGCUGAGGCAAGAACGAGGUGUCCGGUUUGGGCACGUGAGCCCGCGAUUCAGAGCGGUGGACCAGACGCCAGGCAGGGCAAGGCCUCCUUUGGCAUGAAGACCCCCAACGCACAGGAGGCUGAAGGGCAACAAACCAGGGCUGCUGCUGGACGGUCCACUGGGUCUGUAAGCAUGACCAAGAAAAAAGCCUCCCAAAAGAAGCAGAGAGGUAGACCUUCGUCCCAGCCGCGCAGGAAUAUCGUGGGCUGCAGGAUUUCACAUGGAUGGAAGGAAGGUGAUGAACCCAUCACCCAGUGGAAAGGAACUGUGCUGGAUCAGGUGCCUAUAAAUCCCUUUCUUUACCUGGUGAAAUAUGAUGGAAUUGACUGUGUCUAUGGUCUGGAACUCCACAGAGAUGAAAGAGUUCUGUCUCUUAAAAUUCUUUCCAACAGGGUGGCAUCAUCGCAAGUUAGUGAUGCAAAUCUUGCAAAUACCAUAAUUGGUAAAGCUGUGGAACACAUGUUUGAAGGCGAGCAUGGUUCUAAGGAUGAAUGGCGGGGGAUGGUCUUAGCCCAAGCACCUAUCAUGAAAGCCUGGUUUUAUAUUACCUACGAGAAAGAUCCUGUCCUGUACAUGUACCAACUUCUAGAUGAUUAUAAAGAAGGGGACCUCCGUAUCAUGCCAGAGUCCAGCGAGUCUCCUCCAGCAGAGAGGGAUCCCGGAGGAGUUGUAGAUGGCCUGAUAGGUAAACAUGUGGAAUACACCAAAGAAGAUGGCUCCAAACGGAUCGGCAUGGUCAUUCACCAAGUGGAAGCCAAACCAUCUGUGUAUUUCAUCAAGUUUGAUGAUGAUUUUCAUAUCUAUGUCUAUGAUUUGGUGAAAAAAUCCUAACUGUAGAAUAAACUGUGCCACAUUUAUGGAAGGAGAUGCAUAAUUUCUAGACAUGCAAAACAUGUUACUUUUCAAAGUAUUGAAAGUUUAAGUGCCCCUGUUAAUUCACCAUCUUUGCCAGCAUAAUUGUUUUGUUCUGGG